UAGUCAUUGCUGGUUGCAGUUGAAGAGAGCAGAUGGUCAGAGGUGGUAGAUAUAGUGAAUGUUAGUGGGAAGAAACUGCUUCUUGAAACAGAAGAUUGUGUGACUGACUUUGGGUGCUGUUGAAAAUUCUAAAGAUGAGUAAGCAGGCCCUGCUUUGCCUCUUGCUGCAGCUCCUUUUUGAGAUUUGUUCCAGCACACAUCUCCAGGUUGUGUCUGGAUCCACUCUGGAGCUGCCUUGUCUCAUGUCUGAAACAGACUUAAUCGAAGGACCCAUAGCCUGGAAAUACAAUGGUAACGAUAUAAUUCCCUCUCAGUCCAGUGGCUCUCUUCGACUGAAGAAGAAUGGCUUGUAUCUCGCUAUAUCCCCUGUAACUUUCAUCCACGAAGGUGAGUAUGUAUGCUUGGUAAAGGACAACAACAUGGAAAUGGGAACGACUUACAACAUAACUGUUGAAGCAUUCUUUGACUAUACCAUUAAAGUGAACAGUGGCUCUGCAGUUCGCCUUCCCUGCCAUGUCCCAUCUAGCCAAGUUAAUGCCAAUGCACUUUGGUUCAAAGAUGAAGGAAAUGGCAGAAGGACACAGCUGAUUCCUGUAGGGGAAUCAAUAAGUGAUGAUAGGAAACUGGAGCUGCUUUAUCCAUUUGACAGAGAUCACACCAUCAUACUUAGCGAGCCUGUCGUGGAAGACACUGGAAUUUACCAUUGUGAAUCAGCUGAAGGAAAGAAGUUCAGCACUGUUAAUCUUAUCGUUGAAGCUGCUCCAACUCCAGCUCCUCACACAUGCCAGGGCUUCACCACAGCAUGGGAAGACUGUCAGGAUGAAAACAGUCGCCUAGGGCAGCUCAUACUGCAGGAAUCCCUGACAGAGUUUUCCAUGAGGCUGUAUUCAUACCUCAGGGAAGUAAAUCCUUCCAACAAUCUGCUCUUCUCCCCCAUCAGCAUCGCAGGGGCACUAUCCCAUUUGUUACUUGGAGCGAGAGGUGACACCCGCAAAGCCAUUCAGCGUGCGGUCUGUUUGCCUCAUGACUUCCACUGUAUUCACUUUCAGAUGAAGAAACUGAGAGAAAAAUUGUCUAGCUCUUUGAAGAUGUCUUCUCAGAUCUAUUAUAACCCAGGAAUGAAUCUCAGUGAGUCUUUUAUAAACCAGUCAGUACAGUUUUAUGAAGCAGAGCCUGUCAAAUUACUGAAUAGCAGUGAGGAAAACACUCAGAUGAUCAACAGCUGGGCGGCAAAUAUGACACAUAAUAAAAUCACACAUUUGGUGGACUCUGUACCUCCUCAUACCCAGCUGAUGCUACUCAAUGCUGUCUUCUUCAAUGGCAUGUGGAAAACCAUGUUUGAUAAGACAAACGUGAAAGGGUAUUUUUCAAAACUCAAUGGUGAUAUGGUAACGGUGCCUGUCCUCCGAAGCCAGAAUUACCUGACACCUAUGGCGUUUGUUGCUGAGCUGAGAGCACAGGUGGCAAGGUUUGCUCUCUCAGGUGACUGCAGUCUUUACAUCCUGCUGCCUCGCUCCAGUUCAGCAACUGACCUCCAACAGCUGGAGGAGAGGAUGACAGACGGAGCUGUGCGUCAGAUGAUAGAGCAAAUAAAUGCAACAUCCCCUCAACCUAUUGAGGUCACACUGCCCCAAAUAAAAAUGGAUCUUAAAGCAGACAUGAACAUUCUUAUCAAGAAAUUAGGAUUGUCAACACUCUUUGAAGGUGCCAACCUAUGUGGUCUCUACCCUGAAGACAGCCUGGUUCUGGACGAUGCCCGACACCGAGCCUUUCUUGCACUGAAUGAGAAAGGGGUGGAGGCUGGAGCCGUCACCAGCUUGUCCUUCUCACGCUCCUUCCUUUCCUUCUCUGCUAUGCGUCCUUUCAUCUUGCUGCUGUGGAGCGACCAGGGCAAUUUGCCCCUCUUUAUUGGCCGAGUGACCGACCCAUAAGUGUGAGAGAAGAGGUUAAGAUACAAGGAAAAAGAAAGGAGAAAAAAGAAACAGAAGCAAAUAAACAUACAAUGAGCAAAUAGUGCAUUAGAAACAUAAGCUGAUAUGACGCUGUUUUUUUUCUGAAAAUUCUCUUGUUUUUCAAUACUUCUACACAGGAAAAAUUACUGAGCAUGUA